AUGGUCGAGCUCAUUAACCCCCCGGAUCCUCGAACUCUUCUCCCUCCUUUGUUGGCAUGUCUUCCUCUCGCCUUCGUGUCGCCGCGUCCACCCCCCGCUUUACUUCCCCUCCUUUCGCCUAUUCUCCGCCAGCGAGUUCAGAUCAUCAGCUCAGUAUCCUCAUCUCCUACCGAUUCAUGGCUUCGAUUACUAUGCUGGGAUGAAGCCAAAGCAGAGCGUAUUCAAUCUUUGGUGGAUGGAGCAAGCUUCGAACCCCACCCGGUAUCGGGCGAGAUCGAGCUUCCCGACGAGAUUCCUGUGACUUACAAACGGGUGGAUGAAGAGACACUUCAGUCUAAGAUACUCUUGUCGGAUUACAGCUUAAAGACGAUUUAUCUCUGGUGUCCGGAUGAUCAAGAGGGCGGAGGACCUGGCUGGCGGGUAGCAGAACUCCAGCCCCAAGAAGGACCAGAUGACGACGCCUGGUCUAUCUCUAUUGGGGAGGCAAAUCUGCAGGCAAGAGAAAAUCUGGUAGAGGAUGCUUUGCAGGCAGCAGAAAAGAGCGAGAAGCAACAGGCACAAGAUGCAGAGGAAGAAGAUGACGAUGCUGAUUACUGGGCCCAGUAUGAUGCUACACCUGGCAGAACACCAAACGUCAAGACACCGGCUCCCAAUCCAGUCUCCUCUCUUCAGAAUGGAGGCGACUCAGAAGCGUCAUACUUCUCUCGGUAUGCCGAUGUGCAGCCGGCGAUGGACAACCACGACCCGUCGGAGGAGCAGCCUGAGUUCGGGCCCUCGUCUCUAAACGGGAAUAUGCUAGCUGGUCUUCUUCAAAAGGUCAACGGAUCAGGUGCUGCAGAGCCACCCCGUACCAACGGCUACUCUGCUGGCACAGCUGCCAACGAGCAAGCUGCCACGGCGCUCAACCACCCUCGACCGUCGUCUGCCUCGUCAACUAGAUCCGACGCAGUGGCAAAGCUGGAACAUGAGGCAGAAAGCCAAUCUGCCUGUGAAAUAGGCGUGAAGCAGCAUAUCAGCUCGAACAUCAAGAGUUUGUUCCGUCUUGCCAAAAGCACGGGGAUUCCUCGAUCGGAGUUUGAAUCUUUAGUUACGACGGAAUUGGAGUUAUUGAAAAUAUCUGAUGGGGAGUAA